CACAAAUAACAGAAUUGAAAGAUCUUUUUGGACAUUAAAACAAAGUCUUCAUUCAAGGUUCUCUUCGCUUCCUGAAAUUUCUCAAAGUAUCGUUCAUCUUGUAUCGUUCUGCUCAGAAAGACUUACUGAAUCCACUUCUACGGCAAAUCUCAGAUCGCUGAAAAUACAUGACAAAGACACUAACAUCUGUAAAUUGAAUGCUGAAGCAUCACUUGCCUUGAAUGACCGUGGUUGUGUACUUUUUCAUAAAAGCUUGAAAGCUUUAUAAGACCGGAAAGAGUUUAUGAAGUUGGAAUGUGGAGGUGUACGAGAACGAUAUGAAGAGGAUGAAGUCGUUUAUAAAUGUUCGAAUACUGAAUGUACCUGUACGUUCUAUGCUAACAAUCAGUCUCCAUGCCGCCAUAUACUACUAAUAAGAGAACAACAAUGUGUGUCACUCUCAGCCGUUUUCGAAUUGUCUCUGUUUCAUAGUCGUUAUCAUCAACGAAGAAAUGUAGAGCUUAAUUAUACAGCUACGCGUAAUUUAGAUGAAAUAGAAGAUCAAGUACAACUAGAUGAGAUAGAAAAUAGAGUACGUCUAGAUAAGGAAAAAGUUCCGGUAUUGAGUAACCGUCAAAAAUACAAUAUGAUGUUGCCUAUCGCCCUCAGCAUCGCUAGCCUAUCUGCUUGCUAUGGAACAGACCAAUUUCAAGCUUAUCUUAAGGCGAGCGCUUGUGCAUCUAUAGAAACUAAACCAAAGUCAACACUCGCAAUCGAAUUCGAGCCUCCAGUACAACAAACAUUGAACGAAGAGGACAAUAGCGAAGGAACAUCAACCACACUUGAAGACGAAAGCAAGCCUGCUGAUCUAUCUGGACGAUUACUACUGAAGUUUAAGGAUAAAUUGAAAGUUAGAGGUAGACCCAAACGCGCAUUAAAACAACUUUGCUCCUUCAAUAAAACAAGUGUUGAUAGAGCCACUAAAAAAAAACAUAGCAGUGAGCCACCCUCAAAAAAACAAAAAAAGUGAU